AUGGAACGUACGCUGCGUUCGUAGCCUUUCGGUUCGCAACUCGAAGAUGAAUGCCAUUAGGCGCUGCUGAGUGUACAUGUUACAUAGUAAACGAGUUGUCCAUAGAAGCAAUUUAUAAAUUCAUUAACAACAAUGGCAACGGAAGCCUUUCUGGACAUGGUGAACGAUCGGGCCAAGUUAACGAAACGCCCAAUUAGACCAAAGAUACUCAAGCUAACGGAUGUAACCACGCCGCAUCGCAGUCGCAAGAAAAUCAAAAUCAAGUCAAAGGAUCGCUCGGCGGCUGUGCGUGAUCGCAUCUACGAUGAUCCGGCCUACACCGAGGACAUCAGCCACUUGGCCAAUCCGCUGCGCCGCAGCAGCAUUUCGGGCAAGUCCUCGGGCGACUACAAACUCUGCGCGGAGGCUGCAGCGCAGCAGGUGGCCAGCAGCAGCUCGCUGGGCAAACGCAGCCAGUUGACCAAGGACUUUCUAAAGUAUGCGAUGAAUGCGCCGCUCAAGGCCGGCAACAGCAGCAGCGGCAACGUCGGCUUGGAGUACGAGUUCGACUCGAGCAGCUCGGACAACGAGCAGGCAGCGAGCAGGGCCUUCAAGGAGGGCAGCCUGCCGCGCCGUGUGCUCAGCCUGGAGCGCAGCCUGGCCGAUAAGAACGAUAAGAAGGCCGCCAGCCAAAAGCGCGUCUCGAAGCAGAAGCGGAACCUCAGCCUGGACAACAGUCGGAAGGGCGCGCAGCUGCAUCUGCAGCAGCUCACGGCGAAGGCGAACGAGACGCGAGCGCGCAAGGAGCAGCAGCACAGCCGCAAGCAAUAUCUGGAGGCAGAAGCGAAACUGGGACGCGGCGCGAGCGACCAGGAUGAGAUCUAUUCGGUGCGCAGCUCCGCGCAGAACUCCGAAGCGACGGUCAAGGUGCCCAUUGGGCGUCGUCUGCUGCGCGGCGAAAUUGGCAUCAAAAGCUUUAAUUACUAUCUGCUCAAGGAGGGCCUCAAGAGCUCCAAGAAGCUGGACAAGCAGCGCAGUGCGCCCGAUGCGCCUAGUGGCAGCAGCAGCGGCAAGAGCAAGCUGCACACGCGCAGCGAGGAGAACAUUUACGAAGAGAUCUUCUUCAAGGAAACGCCAAAGCACAAAGGCAGCGCCGCUAAAGCAGCUCCAACUGUCCAAUCCGAUGAUGAAAUGCAGAGCCAGAGCCAGAGCCAGAGUCAGAGUCAAAGCCACAGCCUGAGCCAGAGCAAGAGUCAGAGUCAGCAUCUGCAUCAGCAUCAGCAGAGCUUGCCGGAUGCUGGCGUCUAUGCCGACUGCGAGCUGUGCAUGCAGCAGUGCAGCGAUGAGAAUUGCAAAUAUUGCCUGAUUCAGGCGGAGCCCUCGCAGCAGGAGGCGGCCAACGAGAAGCAGGCGUCGGCGGCGUCAGCUCGAGCACUGCCCGCUGCGCACAUACUGGAAUUUCAGUCGUACAAUCCAAAUAAUCCGGGCGUAUAUAAAAUCGAAACAACGCCGGUGGCCAUUACGGGUGAAUACAAUCCGAUAUUGCAGUUCCAGAAGUCCUCGACGACAACGGCCGCAGCAACAACAGCAACAAUAACCGAACAGCAGCAGCAGCAGCAGCAGCAACAUCACAAGCAACAACAACAACAACACCAACAACAUCAUCAUCAUCAGCAGCAACAGCAACAGCAACAACCAGCUUAUGGCUUCAAUCAAUAUCAGCCACAUCAAAAGUCUUAUCAGCCCAAUCUGUCCAGUCAUCCGUUAACAAAUCAUUAUGCCGUGGGAGGAGGUUUGCUGCUGGCGCAGGUGACACCGCGACGCGCCCACCUGCCGCCGCAGGGUUACAUUGUGGGCUAUCAGAAUGGUGGAGGAGGUGGCGGCGUCGGUGGCGGCGGUGGUAUGAGUGUGGGCGUGGCCAACUCUGUGCAUCGCAUCAAUACGAAAUCCUCCUCGUCCAGCGACUCACUGCCCUACCACAAAUACAACACAAUGGCGCGUCUGGAGGCGAAUGUGUUUGCCGCGCCGGCCACAGGUGACAUUUACUAUGCCAUCGAGGGCGUGGCCGGGCAGCCGCUGCAUCCGCUGAUGUAUGCUGCCAGCCGGCCCAUUGGCGGCUCACAGAUUCUGGUGGAUCAGUUCGAGUCGCAGAUGUACAAGAGCGACUCGAAGGCCUCCAUACUGAGCGAGUUCUCGCUGCGCAGCAGCGACAAUUCCCAGCGCUACACGCGCUAUCCCCACAGAUCGGGCCUGUUCUCCUCGUCCAACUCGGGUGCGCAUCAGCGUCGUCUCUUUGGCAGCACGGAGAACUGUCGCGUGGCCUACGACUGUCGGCGUUGCAGCUUCGAUGGCGUCAUGAGCGCUGGGCUGGAGUCGGCGAGUCGAGCUCCGGCGGAGCGCUGCAGCAACUCGGAUAACAGUCGCUACGAGUGCCGCAACUGCGACUGCUCCUCGAGCUACUUCAGCUCGGACUUCGAUGACAUCUAUGGCUCGAUGGCGCGCGGGGGCAGCAGCGGCAUUCCGCGGAAAACUGCAGCCGGCACCUUGCCAUCGAGUGGACCAGCUGAGCCCAGCGGCUACAAGCAGACGGCAUCCGUGCCGGAGCAGCCGCAGCAAUUGGAUCUCAAGCAGAACAAAUAUGCCAUGGACUUCUUCAAGCAUGUGAACGAUGUGAAGCGCAGCAUCUAUCAGUCGGAGAUGCAGCGCAACAAUAGCUUGGAGUCCACACGUCGUGGACACAGAAACAGCAGCAGCAACAACAACAACAACAGCAGCAGCAACAGCAACAACAACAAUAACAACAAUUCCAGACUGAGUCCCACGCACACAGCACACUCCGAGCCGCUGGAGGCGGGGCCAAUCAUAACAACAUUACCAUUAAGCAAGGGGCGUGGCAGCAGCGCUCCUAAGCCAACGCCGGCGCCCAGGACCAGCUUACAGAAUCAGUCGAAGAAGCAGCCAGUGGAGAAGGCGCCACACACGCCCAGCACUCGCAAGCCACAGCCCACGGAGAGGCGGGAGUAUCCGUCGCUGGAUCGACUCGUUGCCUCCUCCACGGGCGCCGUGCCCAAGUGGCAAGGCCUGGGCAUCUCCGAGGAGGAGCCCAAGAGCAGCAAGCAGCGGGCAAAGCACAAGGAAACGGAGCCACGAGAGCGACGAGAUCGCAGUGCUCCGGCAGCCGCCAGUGAGGCAACCAUUGGAACGUCGGGCUCGUCGGGCAAAAAGCAUCAUCGCACCAAUAGCGGCAAAUCGCACUCGAGUGGCAGCAAUCCGCCGCCUAGCUCCCGACGCAAGGACAUACCCGCUCCGCCGCCACCCUCUCCGGCCACCUACUCGGAUCUGCAGGAGCUGAAGGCCAACAUGGAAGGACUCCGUGACGACACCAAGUCCAGGUCCUUGGAGAGCGAAGCUAGCGAAACUCCAACACUCGUGGAUCAUACCUCUGCCAAGAGUAGUCUGGGCACGGUCAAGGAAACCGAGGCAGCUGUGGCAACGGAGUCGCCAACGGCAGCUGAGGAAGGAGUCAAGCGCAGUGGGACAGUGGAUGCAGCUAAAGCUGCACCCGAAGUGGACGACGAUGAUGUCUUUUACGAUGCACGCAGCGAAAAUUCGAGUUUAUUGCCACAGCCAGAGAUGACUGUAGGCGUGGCAGAGCCCGAAAAUACACAGGAUCUGCAAAAUAAGGAUAUGUGUGGUAUGCAGCCAGAGGUUGAUAAAUCUGAGAUGCUGACACCAGCAAUUGGCCUGACCCCGAAGGUGGAUAAGAAUAAACAACAACAAGAAGAAGAGAACGAACAAAAAGCACAAAAGCCCAAGGCCAACGAGGAAAACGCAUUAGCUAGCACAACAAUGGAUACAAGCACAGCAUCGACUGUAUCGAGUCAGGAGCCGCCGACAUACGAUGACCAUGUUGCCAACGCAGCAGCCGAGGCUGGCAGCAAAAAUGAUGCCGCAACAUGUUGCCAGAGCGAGCCAGCAGCACCAACGGCAGCGAGUGGGCAGCAUGGCGAAGCAACAGUCAAAACAAACAUCGAAGCAGCGAGCAAAACAAAACACAAUAAUAAUGCGAGCAUAACUGAGCUAACGACCAGAAAUGUUGACGCAACCAAUGCGGAGGGGCAAGCGAGCAGCGCGCUGGCAACAAAUGUUGCCAACGCCAGCGAUUCAACAAUCAUUGGCGCAAUAUCGGAGCUCAGUUGCAAGUCGGCACAGACGGAUAGCGCUACGCUUGCGAACAGAGAUCCUAGAGUGCCUACAGAAAGUGUAUUCACUUGCCAGGACCUCACGUGCCUCGACUCCAGCGAGGCAUUCUCGGACGAUAGUCACUUGACGCGUGACUCUGUGACGCAUGAGUCGCAGAACGACGAACUGUCCUCAUCGACGCACGACAAGCUUGAUCUGAGCACCUUGCCCUUGCCCGCUUUGCCACCCAAGCGAAGACGCACUCGAUUACGCACCAGUCCCUCCAAGCAUCAUCAACAGCAGCAGCAGCAGCAGUCGCAGUCGCAGCAUCCUCAGCAUCAGCAGCAGCAGCGCUCGGAAAACCAGGAAUAUGGAGAUGCGGCCGAGAAGUCUCCGCACCGAAACAAAAAGCCACAAAGGGAUUCAGUUCAGGAUUCGAUAAAUGCUGAGCUGCCAAAGGUGCCGCAUGACAGCGCCAGCGUCAAAGAGAAGCAGCUCCAGCAAAAUCUCUCUGCAUUCCAGCAGUACGUCGCCAAGCGACGCGAGAGUCUUGAGGCAUCUACGCGAAACUUCAACGAGAAACUGGAGGCGCGUAGAAUGCUCUGCCACAUGGGUGGUAGUGGUGGGGCAGGCGGUGCGGCCACAGCAUCCACAGAUGCCGGCGUACCCACCUAUCUGUUCGGUGAGACCUUCUAUGGCAUACCCGAUGCCAUGCGAAAGUCCCAUUCCCGAGCCGGCCACAAGGAGGAGAUCUUCCUCAACAAAUCGGGCUGGGUGCAAGUGAGCAAGAAGCUCAACUCCAACAAUGAUACCAAGAGCCGACGCGUCAAUUACAGUCACUACAAUGGGGACUCUGGCAUCAUGGACAAGGGGCAUGGUCGCAGCUCCAUACGGGUCAUGCAAACUGAUCAUUCGCAUCGUCCGGAUCUGACCAGGUCAUUCGGCCAUCAGUCGUCCAGUCGCUGUGAGCGAGAGCCCAAGUUUGUUGGCUCCAAGGUGGAGGAGCUGAUUCAGCGAAAUGAAGCGCGAUUGGGUGGAAUCUCAUCGAGAGAUCCAGCGCUGCGUCCCGGCUAUCGAAUCAUGGAUCCCCAGCUGGCCAACUUGCUCAACGAGCGCCCCGGCUUUCUGCCCGUCAACAACGAUCUGGACUCACCGCCACCCGUCACGCCAAUUCUUUCGCCUCCGCCCGCAUUUCAGGACAACAGCAGCAACAGCAGCCGCGCCCUCCGCCAUCAGGAGCGGCGCAAAGUCAAUAUUCAGCAACAGCCGCGAGUGGUGCAGCCCCCGCACCAAAUGCAACAGCAGCUCCGGCAAGGCCCCGCCCCCGUCAAUGCCACUGGCAAUGGCAAGGGCAUGGUCUUCUCGCGCAGCUUCGAGUACGACACGCGUCGAUCGACUCCAACCAACACCUACGUGGAGACAUUUUCGCGCAGCUUCGACGACAACCUGGCGGAACGGCCCUUAGCCAUGCCAUCUUUGGCUGUGCAGCGUGAGCGUUCGCUCAACUUCAGCACGCUGACGGGCAACUCGCCAAACUACCUGACGAAACGCGAGGGCACCACCUCCAGCCGAACGCUGCGCAGCCGCGACAACUCGCCCAAGUAUCUGCAGCCGCAAACUACGGCCUAUCUGAACGCCUCGGUUAAGGAGGCUCCGCCGGCCUACAGCGUGGCCAGCACCAAUAUGGCCAAGUACUCGCCGCGCUCACGGCACGAUCGCACCUUCGAGCGCUCCAAGAGCCACAAUGUGAUUGGCAGGUCGCGGAAGUCGCAGUUCAAUGUAGGCAACAAUGGCCCAGGCGUCCAGCCGCCUGUCGCCUUGGGCAUGUCGCGCUUCCGCAGCCUCGACAUGACCGUCAAUAAUCGACUCAACUCAUGUGAUAGCGGCGCUCGUUCAGAUCUUUCCAAUGAUGAGCUAGACAACGAAGAUGGCAGUUCAACGGAAUUCCUCUCGGCAACUAACUAUCAAUUUCCGAAUCUCAGCACGAGCAACGUCAGCAUCUCGCCGUUUAAGAAUCAGCGCCAACGAUCCCUGACACCCGAUCGCAACGACUCGCACAGCUCGUCGAGCAGCUUGCGAAAGCAGCGUUCGCUGACGCCCGAAUCACGGUCGCUGACACCGGAGGAGAGGCGUCGGAAGGGAUCUCAGAUAUCGUUGAGUGCCUCACGACAGAACUCCAGCUCCCGCAGCAACACGUUAGAGCGUCGGCAGCGGCACGACGAGAAGACGCCACCGACCAUCUCACGCAGCUCCUCUAGCUCCAGUUACAGUGGCGGUGAAUCGCAUGAGCUACUGAAUGGCAGUCCCAGCGGCGCAGCGGCUGCUGCCGGCAAUGCUCCAAGCGCUGUCAAUUAUCGCCGCUCCGCGGGACGCACAAGCACGGCCAAGCAGGCGGAACAGGAACAUCUAAUACGUCGCUCCAGCAGAUCCCUUCAGCUGAGUGAACGCUCGCCAAAUCGUGGACAGAAAAAUAGUAUAAAAGGUGCGAUCCCCAUGCAGAAGCAGCAGCAGCAGCAGCAGCAACAGGCAGUGGCUCACUACCAGCAGGCGAACAGUGGCAUGUUUCCCAACUCCUUGCGUGCCACGGUGUCGGCCAACAAGCUAUUGCCCAGCUCGAAGAGCUCUGCGGGCGGCAGCUCAACGCGACAGCGCCAGAGCGUGGACGUGGACAAGGCGCGCUCCUUCGACUUUGACUACAACAACUACAACCGCAGCGGCAACAGCGGCAGUGCCACACGCUCCGCCCAUAACAGCGUGUGUGUGGGAGAUGGCGUUGGCAAUCAGAAUCUGCGCCUGGACUGCGACAAGAGUCGCUCCUUUGACGAGGACUACCGCGAGGCGCUGCACAACAACAAUGGCGGAAGUGGCUCGGGCAUUCACUUUCUGCAGCCGGGCACGGAGUCCACAUCGAAUGCUCGCCUGCGGCAAUCCACAUCGCCGGUCGGCGCCGCUGGUCACGAGCGGGGCACCACGCGUUCGCCGCAGUCGUCCGGCUCCUCAUCCAACAACCUCCAUCUCAGUGCGCAGCGCACGAACAGCCCGCAGGGCAACAGCUAUGGCACGCGCCUGUGCGAUCAUGAGCUGACCUACGAGAUGCUGCGCAAGUCGCCCAUUAUGAACUUCCGGCGUGGCGACAGCGACUACGAGAUUCCUGUGCAGUUGCGCAACCGCGAAACGAUCAAUUCGGGCGGCAACAGCGAGCUGAAUUUCAUGAGCAACGAAACGCAUAUUUAUGAACACCCAACGACGGUGCUGAAGCCACAGCGCUCCAGUUCGCGUGAUGAGAAUUUGUAUAGGCCGACGACAGGUGCAUUGCCACGCAGCAGCAGUCCGCGCACGGCUGCCAACAAGAAAUGCCGAAAGAGUCUAACAUCGGGCGACUAUUGGCCAAGAUGUGAGGCCUGCAGUGCCAGUGGCCCCAGCAGCUUGCCAAAUUUUGCACCUGUCAAAUUAGAGCCUGCAGCAGGUGAACAAAACUCAACGACUGUCGUCUCGAAAGACGCGCCACAGCCACAUGUUUCCAAAGUGGCUCUAAACGGAAACUUCCUUAAAUUCGACAUAAGUAAAACCACAACGAUUUCGCCUCGCGUCAAUGCAACUCCUGCUGCACCGCAAUGGACUUUCUUGUGCAGCGGUGGCGUCAAUCCAGAGUCAAGUCAGAGCAAAAGUCAGCGACAGCCAACGGCAGUUAUACGACCUCGUGUCAUUCCACUGACCGCCAGUUCACUUGUGGUCCUAGGAAAUCCAGAUUCGUCUAUGAAGAUACCGGAACAGGAAUCCAGGGAGAGUCCGAUGGAAACAUCCACAAGCAUGAAAAGUAACUUGGAAAAGGCUAACCAGAACCAGAACCAGAAGUCAGCAAAUCAGAAUUGCCAGGCAACGACAAUCCGCAAUAAAAACUCUGUAAAGCCCAUAAUACCGGAAGAUUACAAACGGCAACGUUCUCAUUCACUUCCAAGCAGAAUUGCGGCAUCAGAGAAAUUAGAAAAUGUUGCAACUGAUUUGAGAUUGCCUAGACAUGGAAAGGAGAAUGUUAGCAUAAUUGGUAUAAGAUGCAAUGGAUUUAACGAGUGCUUGUCACAACAGAUGCGCGCCAUCUCCAGCCCAACGUUAACCAGUUCAGCCGAUGCUCAGUCCAAGCAGCCUACGGAAGUGUCCCAAGUGACUGUGGAUACUGCAAGUGAAGUCCAUAAUGAUGGCGGCAACGGUUUGGGCGUCCUACAAAAAUUCAAGCGCACAUUUAACUAUUUGAACAACAAAAAUCAAUUGCAAAUCACGCCAAUGCCAACGACAACAACGGCAACAGUCAGUGCCAUGGACAGCAAGUUACCAUUAGAAACUGGAACAGCAACGGCGUCAGCUGCGAAAGUUCCCACAGCAAACGCUGCGGCUGUCGAUGCCAGCUCCGCUAAAUAUCGUUUUGGGCCGUUGAUUUGGCGCUCCUCAAAGGAGCGACGUAAAACGAAGUUUAAUCGCCGUGACAAGUGCAACUCGGGUGAUUCUGGCAUUCAAAUUGAGCUCGAACAGGAUGAGCACUAUAUGCGCACGCUGGCAAGUGGCCAGCGGCAAGGAGCAGCUGCUGUGCCAACCAACAUGCCAAAUACCAUAGAGCCAAAGUCGCGUUCCAUACGCCGCUGUCAUUCGGCCAAGGCGACGAGCAUACUGGAAAAGGAUGCUGUAAAGACACCAGCCUUGGAUCAACUAAAUCUGGACAGCAAUUGCAACCGAGAACGCGAAGCACCCGAAUCGUUGCCUACGCGUUCGCUAAGUCAGCCCAAUGGCUUGGAUACGUAUGGAAAGUGCCGCACCGACAAUGAGGAUAGCGAUAGUGACAGCAUCGCCUCCCAUGAGGAUUCAAACAACUAUUCUCCCGUCUAUGCGGAAGUGCUGUAUAAUUUCACGGCGGCUGGUCCGCAGGAGUUGGGUCUCGAGCGUGGCACUUUGAUAGAGAUAUUGCGCAAGGAGGUGGGACCCUGGUGGUUUGGCCGCAUUAAGAAGGAGGAUGCUAGUCUCGUCGAGGAAAUACUCGAUCCGGAACUGGGCUGGUUUCCAAAGGAUUUCGUGCGCGUCAUUCACAGCUGCGAGGCGGAUGCUUAUUUCAAUGCCGAUAAGACCAUGUUGGGGGAGGCAGCAGUUGCGGCAACCGCUGAAGAUUUUCAAGUUCCAGUGCCCGUUUGUGAAUUGAGCCCAGCCAAUGAGGAUCCCAAUGCCACAAUGAUUGCGGAUCAAAGUAAUAUUACCACUAUAGUCAUUGAAACGCCACCAACAUCCAUCCAACGGAUGCCAUCAAUUCACAUUAAUGUACUGCCGGAUAGUUACGAUGCAAUACGGAAUGGUGCUAUACGUGAACUUUUAGAAACCGAAGUCAAUUACGUAAAGCUGCUGGCUUCAAUUUGCGACGGGUAUCUGCCUGCCAUGAGCAAGCGCAUCGAUAUAUUUUCGCCGAACAGCAUUCGUCUCAUAUUCUCGAACAUCACAGCCAUUUACAAGUUUCAGCGAAAGUUCUUGGAAGCCUUGCGACUUGGCAUCGAACAAAAUCAAAUAUCGAAGGUCUUUCUUAAGAUGCACAAAGGAUUUCUCUGUUACUCCACCUACUGCAAUGCUUAUCCACGUGCACUUAUUGAACUCGAAUCCUAUGAACGUAUCAAAGAUGCACGCACUAUUUUGGAGAAUUGUCGGGAAUCCGAGCAUCUGGCCGAGCUACCCCUGUCGGCGCAUCUGCUGGCGCCAGUGCAACGCAUCUGUCGCUAUCCACUGCACCUCAAUGAAAUUAUUAAGACUGCCCUAAACAGCAACACUACCGAAGAAGUUGCUGGCCAAACAGAUAAUUUAGAUUACGAUCAAUUAGAUGUAUCACAGUGUGAUAUUCCCGAUACGCAUGCCACCCUUAAUGGGGCUUUAGAAAAGAUGCGGGGCAUUACGGAGGCUGUUAAUGAAGGUAAACGGCACAGCGAGACCAUUGCGCGGCAUCAGUCGAGUUUUCAGAACUUCAAGGGCCCACCGCUUCACUUACACAGCACACGAUUCUUCCUGCAAGUCGAUGCAACGCGCCAGAAGCAGAAUCUCUGGAAUAGCAGCUGCACACUCUUUUUGUUCGAUAACCAGCUGAUCUACUGCAAGCGAGAUAUUAUCAAGCGCAGCCAGUUCAUCUACAAGGGACGAAUCUUUUUGGAUCGCUGCCGCAUCGUGAACGUGCGGGACGGAAAAAUGUUUGGCCAUACGAUCAAGAACUCACUUAGAAUCUACUGCGAGUCACGAGACAAGUGGUACGACUUUAGUUUUCGCUCGGCCAACCGGAAGCACCGCUUUCUCAAUACGCUCGCCCUGGAGCGACAGUUUGGUGGCAAAGCACUGUAUGUGUCCGAAAUGACGGGCUUUGAGUUCAACUAUGAGGAACGGCCCGGCUAUUACUCAGAUCAAUCGGACUACGAGCUACCAGAGUGUGAGCACGCUCAGGGCACCGCAUCAGCCAGUGGCGACAGUUCCGUACCCGAAUCACCAGCUAAGUCACCGUAUCGCUCUUGCGACACGUUACCCAAAAAAUCACAGUCACGCGACGCCAUUGCCAGCACCAGCAACAGCUCGGGACAGCAGCUGUCGACAACGUCGACUGGAUCCCUGGGCCGUCGCCGGCUGGGCAACUGGUUUCGCAAACCAAAGAGUUCCAAUUGUACACCGAGUCAGUCACCAACCCACAAGCCAGGCUUCGACGCGGACUUAACGUUGACAGCCGCACGUGUUGCAGCUAUCGAGUUGGUUAAGGCCGCCGCCGAGCAAGAAGAGGCAGACAGUUCGUUUGCUUAGUUAUCCUAUUUAAUACAUAAUUAAUUAUAAUUUACAAUACAUGCAUAUGGAUAUAUGCAAAUACGUAGGCAUCACAGUGCAUUGCAUUAAAAUACAACUUAUAUGAACUGUUUGUAGUAACGAUAUUUUAAUAAUGCCACACAAAAGCGUAUAAUUAAGUUAUUUUAAAUUCGUUAAUGUUGUUUUCCUUUUAUUUUUUUUUUUUCUGUUUCUACAUUUUCAUAUUCUUGUCCCGAAUUCAUUUUCAAAAUCGUCCGACUGUUAUCUGUAAAUAAAAAGUUCUGUUUU